AUGAACACUGAAACCAGGAUGGAUGUGAACUCCCCUGCAAAGGGCCUGAGAGUGCUCAUUGUCGGGGCCGGCAUCGGUGGCUUAGCGGCGGCUAUCGCUCUUCGUCAACAGGGUCACGCAGUCAAGCUGUUUGAACAAUCUCAGUUCGAACGAUCUCAGUUCGCGAACGAGGUCGGUGCAGCCAUUCAUCUUACUCCCAAUGCAAACGGUCUUCUGAAGCCGAUUGGGGUAAAUGCUUCUGAAAAUGGCGGCGUACAAGCGCAGCAGGUAAAACCCUUGGAAAACCGGGUAUGGUUAAUGUGA